CAACAAGUCAUGAUCCUAUGAAUCGCCCAGCUAUUAAAGAUAUAUUUGAUCAACUAUUUGAUCUUUCUAAAAGAAAUCUUCCAUCUACUUUUCAACCUACUACUCUUCCAAGGCCAAAAGAAUUAACCAUUAAGGAUGCCAUCAAUAUUCAUCAAUCAAGGAGUGAUGAUCGUAAUAAAGCAUAUCAAAUAUUUUGCAAAUAUGCGAAUUUAGGCGAUCUCGUUGCGAAAUAUUGGGAUGGCAGCAUUAAAGCGCCAUCCAAAAGCUACUGA